CAACAUUCAGCAUCAAGAAGAUCAACAGAGCUGCUGUGAAGCUGAACUCAAGUCACAAUGAACAUCCUCCUCAUCUUCACCUUCUUCAUCAUCUCAGGUGCUGUGAGAUGCAUCGAUGUGAUCGGAUAUUCUGGAGGAAGUGUUCUUGUGGAUUCACACAAACUUUGGCUUAGUGAUGUUAAACAAUAUCUAUAUAUCUGGAACAAUAAUAAAUGGAAUAUCCUAAUAAAGAAUAAUGACCAUCGUAAAUGGAUUAAAGAGAAAAGAUUCACUCUGUUCUGCACAGAAAACGGACACAUAAUGAUUUUCAUCAGAGAUGUGAACACACAGGAUUCUGGAACAUACCUGAUUGGUGUUGAUGACAAAUGGUCUACUAAAAUAAUUCUGAAAGUGAAAGAAAAUUCAUGUUGUGGGGCGUCACAGAGAGUGAUGGUGAAUACUGGACAAACUGCAAACUUCACCUGUCAAUAUUCUCUGGAUUAUAAAACUAAUAAUAAGAUCAUAUUUAAAGAGAGAAAAUACUCCGUUGAGACAAUCUACAGCACAUGGCAUAAAGAUGAGAGAUUCAGUAUUUCUGAUGACAAAUAUAAUAAUCUCUUCAGUGUGAGAAUAACUGAUGUGAGAUCAGAAGAUGCAGGAGUUUAUUUAUGUGGAGUUUAUCUCAACAAAACCUCCUACAGUUACUCCAUUCUUACUGCUGUUCAUCUUCACAUUAUGAGUAAAGUGGGUGUGGUCAGAGCGAGCGGAUACUCAGCAGGUGGAAUCAUCUUCAAGUGUCAUCACCAUCAAUACAAAAGCAACACAAAAUAUGUGAGUAAAGAAUCAGAUGGAUGUUGUGAGAGGAAGUAUCCAUCAGUUCAGGAUCAAUGGAUGGACAAUGGAGAUGUUUGUCUAUAUGACGACACCAGAGCAGGAGUCUUGAUGGUGUAUUUUAGAGAACUGAACGCUGGACAUGCUGGAACAUACAGGUGUGGAGUGAAUCCAUCUCAAUAUACUGACACAUUCACUCAAGUCCAGCUCCAGAUUAAAGACGAUCGAUCUUUGACACAGAAAGUGAAUAAAUCUGUUUCUGUUGGUGAUGAAGUCAAUAUUACCUGUCAGAUCCCAGAGGAACAUCAAUUCAGUCCAAAACUCUUCUGUAAAGAGGAUGAAAAUCACAUCUGUCAAACCGUCAGCAGAUCUGAAGUGAAACUAAAUGAUUUCUCUGAUAAAAGUGUUUUUACUGUGAUCAUCAGUGAUGUGACAGUGAGAGAUGCUGGAGUUUACUGGUGUGGAGCAGAAACCAGUCACACAGAUUUCACUUUCAUCUCUCUCACCACUAAAGUUCAACUUAAACUCAUCAUAUUUGGAGAUGAAGGAGGAUCUGCUCAGAUCAUUUGCCCUUAUGAUCCCAUCUAUACAUCAAAGACAAAAAAACUGUUGAAGAGUUGUACAGAUAAAAAUACUCUGAUGGAGAUGAACAGAUGGAGUGUGAAUGAUGACAUGACAGCAAGUGUGUUUAGUGUGAACAUCACUGGACUGACAGCAGAGGAUGCUGGGAAAUACUGCUGUGCAGUGACAUUAGAAACAGACGUGAUUUAUCUUUACACUCAUCUCAUUAUUAUCAUCAAACAGGAACUUCUCUUGAAUAAGAGUGAAGGAGACAACAUGUCAAUGGAGUGCAAACAUCACGCUGAAUAUCAGAAAGUCUUCUGUAAAGCACAUGAAGUCUCAAUGUGUGUCAAUGAUGGAGUUUCAUUACAGUCAAUCAGAGAUGAUGGAUUCUCUUUAAGUGAUGAAACAUCUACUGGAGUCUUUACUGUAAACAUCAGUCAUCUGAGAGAAGAGCAUUCUGGGAUAUACUGGUGUGGAUCUCACAUCAUCACUAAAGUGCAUUUAAACGUCACCAGAGUUUCAGAUUCCUCAGUGAUGAAGAUGAUGACGAUUGUGUGUGUUUGUGUGAUUCUGCUGCUGAUUGGAGGAAUCACUCUGAUUAAAGUUUAUAAAUUCAAACACAACAAGACACAAGAUUGUGGAUCAGCCCAAAUAUACCAUAAUGCACAAUUACCCACAAUCCCCUCCUCUGAUGAUGAUGAUGUUGUGUACGCUGCUGUCAGUUUCCACAAGCGUGAAGAUUCUGUUUCAGUCACCUUCAGUAAGGACGAGAUUUUAACUGAAGAUCUCAAUACACAGGAUUCUGGAACAUACCGGAUUGGUGUUGAAAGUAAAUGGUCUAUUGAUAUGAGUCUGAAUGUGAAAGAAGUGCCCCCAGCGUUUGGAGAUGAAGGAGGAUCUGCUCAGAUCAUCUGUCCUUAUGAUCCCAUCUAUACAUCAUCAUCAAAAAAACUGUUGAAGAGUUGUACAGAUAAAAAUACUCUCAUGGAGAUGAACAGAUGGAGUGUGAAUGAUGACAUGACAGCAAAACUUCUCUUGAAUAAGAGAGAAGGAGACAACAUGUCAAUGGAGUGCAAACAUCACGCUGAAUAUCAGAAAGUCUUCUGUAAAGCACAUGAAGUCUCAAUGUGUGUCAAUGAUGGAGUUUCAUUACAGUCAAUCAGAGAUGAUGGAUUCUCUUUAAGUGAUGAAACAUCUACUGGAGUCUUUACUGUAAACAUCAGUCAUCUGAGAGAAGAGCAUUCUGGGAUAUACUGGUGUGGAUCUCACAUCAUCACUAAAGUGCAUUUAAACGUCAUCAGAGAUUCUAGAUCAUUACCCACAAUCCCCUCCUCUGAUGAUGUUCUGUACGCUGCUGUCAGUUUCCACAAGCAUGAAGAUUCUGUCAGUCAUGUUUCAGUCACCUUCAGUAAGGACGAGAAUUUAACAGACUACACCACUGUCAGAAACAACUCAAGACUCAAGUAA